AUCAGUUGAUGUACUCAAAAUGGCCGACAUUUUUUCUCUCGCUCUCACUUUUCCCCAUGCGUCUUGCUCACCCAUCUGUCAUGUUCGUGAGUGACUUCUUGGAAAAUGUCAACUAACAUUUGUGAAUUUUUAAAAAUCAAUAAUAACAACCGAAUCAUCAAAUUGUCAUGAUAAAUCAUUGAAUCCAGGGUCGAUUUAUUGAUAAAAAUGAUAAAUUAUAAACAAAUUAUUUAAAAAUCAGUGAUAAUAGUGAAAUAAAUAAAACACAAUUUUGUUAUUUUGUUUUUAUUAAAUUAAUUUAAUAAACAAUAACAAAAUAAUAAUGAGUUCCUUGGAUUUGAGAAUGGCACAAGUGCAAGGAACACCAUCAUCAGAUGCUGGUAGUUUUGAGUGUUUUCAAAAUUAUACUGCACCAGAAGUAUUUAUUCAAGGACUUGCUGGUAUUGUUGAUCAACAAGAUGUUGAAUCAAUGAUUAGAGCACAAAAACAAAUGCUACAAAGAUUUGAAAAAACAAAUGAAAUGUUGACAAAUUGUAAUCAAUUGUCAAUAAAUAGAUUAAAAUCAGCUGGUGCUGAAUUUAAAAAACACACAGCUUUAUUAAUUGAUAUGAAAAAAGAUCUGGAUUAUAUAUUUAAAAAAAUAAGAAUUGUUAGAAAUAAACUUAAUCAACAAUAUCCACAAGCCUUUAAUGAAGCUGUUAGGAGUAGUUUAGCUGAGGAAGUACUGGUUGAAGACAUUGACCAAGGACCAAAACCUCUUGAACCAGAAAUUGUUCCAUUACCAAAUGCACCUGUGUCUGGUGUUAAUGAUGACCCAGACUCUGAUGUUCCACUCGAGGAGUUUCAAUUUGAAAAGCUGCGUAGACGAAUAAUUAAGAAAAGCGAGAGUUCAUCAACGGACAGCAACGUCGAGAAUAGUAACGAAGUGGAUUCUUCAUCAGACACUGGCUAACAUGUGUCUUAAAAUUCAAUCAAUAACAAUGAUAAUAAAUUAAGACAAUGAAAUUAUUAAUAAGAAGAAAGGUUACUAAAAAUAAUA